CCAAGAUAAUGAGGAUGCGACCGUGCGCAAUGAAGGAUGACGGUCGGCUUGCGAAUCCCAUCCUCAGUCUGGCGCACUUUAUCCCGUCUAUAAUGUGUCGUCUGGUCCGAACCGUCUGUGACAUGACUGACUUAUCCACAAAGAUUUACUGUGCAAUUGUCUUCCUUUCAUUCUGCAAGACAAACACGUAUUCCUUCGUCUCGCACAUCUGCACCGCGAAUACCACGCAGAUUUCUGCAGAUAUGGAAUAUUCGUCGACGCCCCCGGAGGAAUCGAUGUCGAUUCUCGAGGAGAUGGAGAACCGUCUGUCCAGUCUUGAACGGAGAUUGCGAGCGGUCGAACAUCCCGUUUGGCAGAUCAGUCUGAGAGAAGAGGACUGGGAGAUUUGCGUCGAGGGGCCUUGCAAAUGCAUACCGGAAAUGAAAUCGGUGUCCUGCUGGAGAUAUAAUCUGCUAGAUCUACCCCCGACGCAAUUGGUUCCUGCCGACGUGCUGAGGCUAGAUCUCGGAAGUAAUCGGCUCAGCGCUCUGCACAGAGACACAUUUAAGAACAUGACGCAGUUACACCAUCUAGACUUGAGUAGCAAUUUUGUCGAACAUUUGGCGCCGAGCUUGUUCCUGUCGUUGCAUGGCAUCGCAAAUGUCAGGUUGAGUAACAAUCUCUUGAAGGAAAUUCAACGUAGUCAGUUUCUUGGACUAAGAAAUCUCCGAAUACUCGAUCUGUCGUCGAAUAAACUUCGUACUUUGCCAGAUGAUCUUUUUUUGAGUAACGCCUAUUUGGCUUUGCUGGAUCUUUCCUGCAAUCGCAUUUCGUUAUUAUCCCCCGGUGCAUUUCAUGGCCUCGCGAAUCUUGAUGAAUUGUUGCUGGGUAAAAACCGACUAGCUGGAUUACCCGUUUCAAUUUUCCGGGAGACCGUUAAUCUCAAACGCCUCACACUCGAGGAAAAUCGUUUGAAAGAGCUGCCUAAUGGUAUAUUCAAUGAUCUGACGUCUCUCAAAGAGUUAAAUAUGCGGAACAAUCGACUUACGGAAUUGUCCAAAGGAUUGCUGUUGACUCUGGGAAAAUUGGAAAUUCUGGAAAUAUCAAGCAAUAGAAUAUCUCGUAUUGAUGCAAAAGCGUUUCACGGUACGGCAGCGUUACGAGAGCUUCGACUAGGACAUAAUCAUAUAAGAAAUCUGACACCUGGAUUAUUCAACAAUUCGGUAUCCUUGGAACGUCUUAUUCUCUAUGGCAAUCGCAUAGAAAUCCUCGUAAGAGGCGUUUUCCGCGGCUUGUUCAAUCUCACUUCUCUUUUUCUGCAAUCUAAUCGAUUGAAAGUACUACAAUCAGGAGUUUUCGAGGACACGCCGAACUUGCGGAAGCUGCAACUGGAAUCGAAUGACCUCUCCUUCUUGCCGCCUGGCAGUAUGGAUGCGGUAUCUACGAUUCCGCAAGUACGCCUGAGUCAGAAUCCCUGGCAUUGCGAUUGCCGUGCCUCUUACGUUGCUUCUUGGCUGCGCAAAAGAUUCGCGAGCUUCGCGAAUCUGACCAAUCCGUUUCAGAUACAGCGCGUUUUAGUCACAGGUAAUUGGAGUAUUUGGGAAUUUGGGGCUGGUGCAAUAUGCAGAGGUCCAGGUAUACUGGGCGGCCAAUCGCUGCUGCGUCUGACCUUUCAUGAACUCUGCGAGGGUCAGUGGGCCUCUAUGAAAGGUAUCAUACCACGAUUACCACUCGAUGUUAUAACGCCGUCCGUCACGACGCAAGUAGCCAGGAAAGACACGAUUUUGGUAUGAAAGGCGUAAAGCUCAGAUUUCUGAAUUUCCUACAGAGAGUGGAAUGUUGUACAACACAUGGAACAUUUAACUAUAAUUAAUGUGCCUCUUAAAAUAUUUUUUUGAAUUGCACUUAAUUACGUUUUGUUUUCUUUUUAUUAAAAAUGCAAUGAAAUAGUAUAACCUGGUUUCUUUGCAACUGUACGCUGCAUGUAUUUACUAUUUAUGUGAUAACCCAACAUGUAAUACUUAAUAAAAAUAAUUAUAAAAUAAA